UUUAACCCAACCUAGAAAAUGCCCAUGGACCGAUCUCUACAAUCGGAGAGCAUGAGAUCGCUGCACGUACUCUCGAUUGAGUGUCUAAAGGGGAGCUCGAAGGCCGACGAAUGGGCCGGAGACAUGCUCCAGACCGGCGAUAUCGUUGAGGAGAUUCGUAUUGGAUCCGGCUCAGGAUUGACUCACAAGGCGCCUUUUAAAGGCGGCAAGAGCGGCGUGCAGAGGAUCCUUCACAGCUCCUACAAAAACAAGGAGACCUCGAUUCUCGUCCGAGUCAGGCGAGGCAACGACCAGUUCGCUCAGCUGCAAGCGUGCAUCGUGCCUAAUGAGUCCGGCGGGAGAAAGCAGUACAUGUUGAGGUCUAUAUCGGAUCCAAAUUACGCUGUCGGGUUCUUGGAUCGGACUGAGUCCGAGUGCUUCGAGUUGCAAGCUUCAAGGAGCUCCAGGAUGGUCAGUGAGCUAGAAAGGUCAAGGCUUCAGGAUGGAUACGUCUCAUAUCCGUGGGAGAGGAGGAUGCAGGAGGUGCUAUCAGUUCCCAAUUCAAGUGGCUUUCUUUCUAUUCUGCUCCUUCCGAAGGCUUCGGAUCGAUUGGCCUCUCGAUACAACGACUUGGAGGAUACCCUUGCUCGAGCAAACGCUUGGCUUACUGCAUCUCAGGCCUCAGGGGUCCCCAUUGUUUUCAUGAAUAUCCAGACUGAAUCCUUGCUCACUAAGAUCUCUGGAGAAACUGCCUCAGCUACUGUGAGUGCUGGGUCAUUAUCCGAUUUAUCAAACCUAGCCAAUGCAAGUCUAUAUGGUUUUGAGGAUUACCAUGGGGUUGACAUCGGAGUCGUUCGGGCGGUUCGCCUAUGGUAUGCCCCUCUUGCGGAAGAAAUCGCGAUCGAGAUCAAAUUAAAAGAAGACGAUAUAAAGCUCGGGUUCGCCAUUAGCCGCACAGAAGAGGUAUGCCAUGCCAUCUGAUUCUCCAUGAUUGUCAAUUUGACAGCAUUUGCUUAUACAUUGUUUUCUCUUUAACAACAGGGAUUUGUCUACAUAUCAUCCGUCAUCGAUGGCGACGAAAACGUGCCCUCGACGAGAUCAGGACUCGCCACUCUCUACAGAGAAGCAAUGAACGCAUCCAGGCUGCUGGUAGUCUCAAGACUAUCAAACCAGAAGGUUCUUCCAUGGAUGGUUUCGUCAACCGGAGCUGUCCGAUGCUUCGAUACCGUCUCCGUAAGUCAAAAGCUCUCACUACACCGGCAUGCCAAUAUGCCGAUUCUAAUGCACGUCUUCUUGUGGGAUCAAUCGUUGGUUUCCAGAGGUUUUAGCAGUGUCAGGCAGUGGUUUCCCUCUACAUCUGCGUUACCAUUGCCCCCUGAGGUUAGAUUAGCACACCAACCUAACGACAAUCAAAUGCUGCCUUUGCCACCUGAUGAACCACAUGGAAGCAUACCCUUAAGCGAGCAGCCGGACCACCGGUUACAGAGGGACACUGCCGGGGAGGUGUCGUUCAGAUUUCAUGAUUUUUCACUUGCUAACAACUGGGUAUAAUUUUUCAUUCCCUGCUUCACUGUGUAUAUAGCAGAAACUUUUACCAGUAGAGGAGUUCGUUGAUCGGAUCUAGUUACAUUAUGUUAGGCAGCUUGAUCUUGAAAAUAAACACGUAGAUAGUUAUAGUUCAGAGUUCAG